ACCUGUUCGGCAGGUAUCAAAUCCUCUCAAACAUGGAGGACAAAAACAAGCAGCGACACAAACGCGACUAAUAUCAGCUCAAAUAUCUGCUCAUAUUCACUCCUAAGCACUCGUAUGGGAUUAUAUAUGUGCUAUUAAUUAUCAUGGAUGUAAACAGAAGCUCGUUUAAAGGAGUUUUAUCGUGUGUUUACGUCGGUUUCGUGCUGUUGAGGAGUGUGUGUUGUAUCUCAGUGACGGCUCCUGCAGAGAUCAGCGCCGUCCGAGGAUCCGCCGUCACCCUCUCCUGCUCCUUCACCUCCUCCAGUCGGGUGACCAGCGCCAUGUCCGUCGACUGGAGCUUCAGGCCCGAGACCGGCGGUCCUGCCAAAAUGUUCUUCCACUUCUCGUCUCAAGCGUACCCGCCGCUGGAGGAUUAUUUUAAGGACCGUGUGAAGUGGCUGGGCAGCCCGUCCCGCGGCGACGCUUCCAUCCAGCUGCUGAACGCCUCGCUCACCGAUAACGGCACGUACAUCUGCGCCGUCCGCAACCCUCCCGACGUCCACGGAAGCCCGGCCCAGACCGUCCUCACCGUCACACCGCAGAGACUGUCGCUGGCCUUCACGGAUGUGGGCGUGCUGCUGGUGUUUGUUCUGGCCCCGUCAGGAAUCAUCAUGCUGCUGCUGCUGGGACGGGUCCUGUGUCCGUGCUGCUCCGACGCUCAGAGUCCCGCCGCGGCCCAACACUCGCCCAUCGAGGUGCUCACCGGAGACGAGUAUUUCUACGGCCAGACGGAGCAGAAACACUCGGUGUGCUGCUGUUACUUUAAGGGCUCUGAAUAUGAAGACGACUACAUGCACGAGAAACCGCAUGAACACACCUUCACCGAGUCACAGUGUUAGAACUCCUUCAGAGUGUGUGUGUGUGUGUGUGUGUGUGUGUGUGUGUGUGUGUGUGAGAGUGUGUGUGGUUCUUGCAUGGAUAAAGUUUGAUAAACCCAGAUGUCAUUCUGCUGAUGAGACUUCCUGUUUAAAUGGGUAAUUUUGGUUAUUUAUGACAGAAAGCGAUGGACUGUUACUGUAAUCUAUGAAUUAAAUGACUAUAAAAGCUUGCAGAAGACAUGCUGAUUUUGACAAAAAUGAAUCUAUGUUCAGCAUUGCCUUAGAUGGUCACAUGAUAUAAAGAUUUUUUGUACAAAUCCUAUUUUGUUUAGAUAAAUAUGAAAUAUUACUUUAACAUUAUUAACUUUUUUUAUAAACUAACUAUUUUUGAUAAUUCACAUCAUAGAACAAUGUUAGCAUUCAAACAUCCAAAAGUCUGGAUUGAUUCCUGUUGGAGGUUUUAUUACUGACGGCGACGCUGCCAGUUUCAGCUGUUUGAUUAAAGAGAAAGCUUUCAGUUAAA